GAUGCGGCCAUGGGAGGGGCCCGGGCGGGCACCGCCAGAAUGCCUCGAGAGGGGCCAGUUGGAUUCCACGCUUGCUGCCCUGGAAACAGGCGCCCAGCUCCACGCUGCCGCUGAGCAGCCUCUUCCUACUCGUUUAAGUAACUUACUAUAUCUGAUAAAGCGCGAAGUGCUGCAGGGAUGUGGCAAGGAUGAACAAAGCGGACACUAGUUACAGUGAGUUUGAAACAGCUGAGACACUACUAAAUUCAGAGGUUCAUAUGCUUCUGGAGCAUCGAAAGCAACAGAAUGAGAGUGCAGAGGAUGAACAGGAACUUUCUGAGGUCUUCAUGAAAACUUUAAAUUACACAGCCCGUUUCAGUCGUUUCAAAAACAGAGAGACCAUUGCCAGUGUCCGUAGCUUGUUGCUGCAGAAGAAGCUUCAUAAAUUUGAGUUGGCCUGUUUGGCCAACCUUUGCCCAGAGACUGCUGAGGAGUCAAAGGCGCUGAUCCCAAGCCUGGAGGGGCGGUUUGAAGAUGAGGAGCUACAGCAGAUUCUUGAUGAUAUCCAGACCAAGCGCAGCUUUCAAUAUUAAUCUCUAAAUACUACUCUGCUGCUGAGGGAACUACAUCCCAAGCCCAGCACCACUGUCCUGAUGUCUGGAGCUGACUUACACAGAAAUUCCAUUGCACUUGGGCUUCCUUUGGAUAGAACAACCCAGCUUGGUCUUGGUUUAGGUUGCUAUUUCAGAUUUGACUAUUGGACCAUGAUAACCUGACCUUGCCUCUGGGAAGGGUGAGGUGGGGUGAUAUGCAUAUAAGCUACACUUUUGACUACCUCAUACCAUGGUUUUGGCCCCUGUGUUAUUUUUAAGUUUUUGUUUUGUUUUAAGAUUUUUUUUUUUUAAGUAAUCUCUAUCCCCAGUGUGAGGCUUGAACU